UACACGUGGAAGAAGGAUGAGUACAACAUGUACUUUCAGACUUGUGUUGCCCUGACAAACGUCCACGUUCGCUUCAAUCCUUUGCGGAACGUGGACUGUGAAGGCUACAAUCAGCACCUUAACCGUUUGCUCUCGAUUGGAAGCAAGAUCAAGGCCAGGAACUUGUCUUCCAAGGCGAAGUAUCGCGAAAACCGAAAGGCACGUAUUCAGCUGUGUUAG